AUGUCUCACUGGUCAACUCGUGAAGACUCCAGCUAUAAUGUGGAGCAGGCGGCGGCGUUCAGAAGUAUUCUGAACCCGUCGCGAGUUUCCGGCUGCCCGCCGCCGGUUCACCCCCCUAUGCCGGGCGCCCCUAUUCCGGAGUUCAGACCCGUCGCGGCGGAGGCGCCACAUAUUUCCGGUUUCCCUCCGCCUGUUGGCCCCCGUCUGGCUGGAGGACCAAACAGUUUCGGACAGCCACCCCAUCUCCUUGCUCCUGGCGGCCCGGCCUAUAUCCGGCAAGAGCCGGUAUACCAUGGGCUUCCUUACAUCAACCAAGAGUACUAUGCUCAUAGGAGCCCAUUUGGCGAGAGGCUGGUUUGUGGCCACGGUUUCCGUGGAUAUGACGGCGGGGGCCCUAUGUCGCCGGGACUGAUGAUCCCGCCCGACCCGGACGCACUGCCCUCCCCUCGGCCUCACUAUGUUCUGCCCGAUAUGGGCGGCGCGAUUCGGGCUGAGAACCCAACCCCCGCCGAUAUUAUGAAGCGUGUCCGGGAUAUGGACAAUAACUUCAGGGAGUAUCAAGAGAGAGUCGAAAAGAUGCGGAUCGAAGACCGAACUCGGUCCGAUAAAAGGGACAAUAUGAUGAAUGCUUUGAUGAAUGAGAUCAAAGACUUGAAAGCCCGCCUCGCCGCUGGUCCAGUGGGCAGCGCUAUCCCGAAUGCCAAUACUGCAGCCCCGGCUGUGUUGAGCGUGCCUGAGCGGCAAGCAAUGAGAUCCACCGUUCAACCUCAACAAAGUGCUGCCCAGGAUUCCUCCACCGAUUCAGACACGCCCUUGGUCGGAAGGAAGCGUCCAUCGCUCCGAAAGCAAUCAGCUUCCACCCAAGCACCGAAGCGCGCAAAGGGACAAUCGGUAAGCAUGGCUAAUAAUGGGCUUCAGCGACGGCUGGUCUCGGACCACCGCCUCUUUCCCUCCCCUUCCCUGAGUCGCGACACUUCGUCACUGCUGGUGCAGCAGUUCCAAGGCGGAGGAGGCGGACUGCUGCAGCCGCAAAAAGAUCUUACGAGCCUGCGCACGCGCAUCGACCUGCUGCCAUCUAUUCGCCCGGACUCGGAUUUCCUGAACUUUCUUAAGCACAUCGACUGCCGGUACGAGGAGGACCUGCUCUGCCUGAAGAAGUUCUGCAAGGCGUCGGCCAUGUCAACUGAGAUCCCUAUCUAUACCGAGACCGGCCGGUCCAAGUUCUACUACAUCCUCAAGGUCGGCGGCGCGCUCAGCUCCGCCAUCGGCGGGAACCCGGACAACCAGCCGGACCAGCCGGAGCCCGACGCGAAGCAGGCCAAACGGCUCGGUGUCCUGGAGCUGCGCCUGCACGAGCGCGUCCCUGAGGACGUUGCCAGCCGGUACCGGGCCCGCUAUUUCAUGCCCCUCGGGGAGGUGUAUCGCGCCAGUCGCUCCAGCACCAAGGCCGACGAGGUGCAGUCCACCAACUUCUUCGUGCUGAUGGACGUGACCAGCCCCAAGAAGAGCAUCUGGCUGGUGUUCCGGUACGAGCGGCCCUUUGAGCGCCGAGACGGGGCCGGCUGGGGCACCGUCACCUUCGACACCACGAAGCCGCUUUUCGGAACGCGCAUCUUCGACAUGGUCUGCCUUCUAGAGGAUGUGCGGGACUGGCCUGCACCUACGGCGGAGAAUCCGAAUCUGGAGAUGGUAGAUGCGGAGCGUCUCGCAGAGAUCAUGCGAUCCACGCCGGCCCACCACGAGGUCCUGCAGCCGGCCUUAUUUCUCCCGGUGCUGACGGACUUGAGGAAGGUGACGGAGGAGGGGUGGGAGAAGCCGCACGAGGAUGAGAGAAUGGAGGAGGAGGAGGAGGAGGAGUGA